GACAAGGUUCCUGACGGUGAGGACAAGGUUCCUGACGCUGAGGACAAGAUUCAUGACGCUGUGGACAAGGUUCCUAACGCUGAGGACAAGGUUCCUGAUGGUGAGGACAAGGUUCCUGACGGUGAGGACAAGGUUUCUGACGCUGAGGACAAGGUUCCUGACAGUGAGGACAAGGUUCUUGACGGAGAGGACAAGGUUCCUGACGGUGAGGACAAGGUUCCUACAUUAAUGACAAGGUUCCUGACAGUGAGGACAGGGUUCCUGACGCUGAGGACAAAGUUCCUGACAUUGAUGACAAGGUUCCUGACGGUGAGGACCAGGUUCCCGACGGUGAGGAGCAGGUUCCUGACGCUGAGUACAAGGUUUCUGACAGUGAGGAGAAGGUCCCUGACGGUGAGGACUAGGUUCCUAACGCUGAGGACAAGGUUCCUGACGCCGAGGACAAUGUUCCUGACGCUGAGGACAAGGCUCCUGACGGUGAGCACAGGGUUCCUGACAUGCAUUGAGGAGAAGGUUCCUGACGCUGAGGACAAGGUUCUUGAGAAUGAGGACAAGGUUCCUGACGCUGAGGAGAAGGUUCCUGACGGUGAGAACAAGCUUCUUGACGGUGAGGACAAGGUCCCUGACGGUGAGGACAAGGUUCCUGACAUUAACGACAAGGUUCCUGACAGUGAGGACAGGGUUCCUGACGCUGAGGACAAAGUUCCUGACAUUGAUGACAAGGUUCCUGACGGUGAGGACCAGGUUCCCGACGGUGAGGAGCAGGUUCCUGACGCUGAGUACAAGGUUUCUGACAGUGAGGAGAAGGUCCCUGACGGUGAGGACUAG